GUUCUUUUUUUACACUUUUCUUUUUUUCACCCAUCCAAAAAAAAAAAGCCAAUCAUUCAACAUUGAAUUAUUGAAAAAAAAAGAAAACAUAUAUUCUCUCUUUUUUUUUUUUAAUAUUUUCACUUUACUCUCUUUUUCUUUUACCUUUACUAUUACAACCCUCUUGAUCCCUUUCUCCCCUUUCUUUUCUUUUUUUUUUGUCACAUUAUGGAUUCAUCUGAACAGGUCUCUGAUCUUCCUCCUUCUGCCCAAUUGGCUCGUUUACAUGCUCAAGCCAAGUCUGACUCUCUUGUAGAAGAACCUAUUGUACCAAGCCGAAAUGAUCCUGUUGUUGUUGAAAACUCCAUGUUUGCUGAACCUCUUAUUGCUGGUGAUUAUCCUACUCCCAUUGGUCAACCUGUAAAGAAACCUACCAACGUUACUCCAAAUAAGAAGAAACAAGAAAGCAACUUGGAUUUAUCUUCUGAAUCAGCUUUUCCUACUUUAUCUUCAGGUGCUCCUCGUCCUCCUGUCAUUUCUUCAGGUUGGUCUUCUGCUGCAUCUCGCGUCAAGGCUCGUCCAGUAGUUCAACAACAACAACAAAAGAAACGUACUACUGGUAAUAAUGGUACUAUUUCUUCUGGUGCUUCUAUCACUGAUGUUUUGGAAUUACCCGCUAACCAACAAAUUGCCAACCAAUCCAACAAGCCUUUGGGUUUCAAGAGUGCUGCUGAUGUUAUCCAACAAGUCAUUAAUAGAACUGGUACAAAUAUUAUUGCUUCUACCAAUCGUACUGGUACAACGACUUUUUUGAUUCAAGGAUUGACAGCUGAUGUUGCAAAGGCUAAGCGUGAAUUGGUAGCUGGUUUAGUUGUGAAGCGUACGGUGGAAAUUCCUGUUCCUGCCUCUACUCGUCGUUUUAUUAUUGGUACCAAAGGAAAAACACUUCAACAAAUCGAAAACUUAUCGGGUACUCGUAUCAAUAUUCCUCCUCGUAAGGAUGAUGAAAUCAAGGAUGAAGAAAAUGAUGAUACUGUCAAUAUUACCGUUGUCGGGGACGUGGCUGGAAUCAAGAUUGCCAAGGCUGAAAUUGAAAAAAUUGUGGGUGAAAAGGCUGCAAAACAAACCUUGAAAAUCGAUCAAUUUGACCCUAGAUUCCAUUUGUUCCUUGCUGGUCCUCAAAACUCUACUAUCAAGGCUUUGGAAGAAGAACUCAAUGUCAAGAUUCAAAUGCCUCCUUUUGUCAAUGUGGGUGAAAUCAAAACAGGUGAUCAAGUCAACAAUGCUAUUUCAAUUACAGGUGAUAAGGAAAAAUUACAAUUGGCCAAACAAGCUUUGGAAUCUCAUUAUGCUGAAUUACAAAAAUCUACUCGUACGGCUGCCAUUGGCGUUCCAAAACGUCAACACAAGUAUCUCUUUGGUAAGGAUGGUGCUACUGUCAAAGAAAUUUUGGAACAAUCAGGAUGUACUGUGGAAUUACCUCCUUUCAACGAUCCCUCCGAAAACGUGACGAUCCGUGGACCUGAACAAAGAUUGAUCAAUGGUCUUACUUUGGUAAUGGAAAAGGCUCGUGCUGUCCAUGUCAAUGCUCUCGAUUUGGCCGAUUUACAUAAAAAUGCUACCAAUCCUUUACAACAUGGUCAACAUAUUAUCACCUAUUUGGUUCACAAGGAUAGUUUAAAGGCGAUUGAAAAUGAACAUCAUGUCCAAGUGGGUAUUCCUCGUGGUCAAGAACUCACCAAAUCAGUCUCUUUAGAAUUUGUUAGCAAGAAUGAAACAGACGCCACAGAAGCUUACAGAGCUGGGUAUGAUCUUUGUCGCUCCUUGGUACCUGAACACAUCACUACUGUCAACAUUGACUCUCAUUUGCAUCGUCACAUCCAUUUGCGUCAUGCUCGACAAUUACAAGGUAUCAAGUCUCGCCACGAUGUCGCCGUUAUUUUCCCUGAAGAAAAAGAAGACUCUUCUGUCAUACUUUUGGUUUUUGAAAAUAGCAAGAAGGACGGUGAAUCUGUUUCUCCUCAAGAUGCUCUCAAGGCUGCUGCUACUGAAUUACAAAAGAUUGCCGCCGACUCUUCUGAUAUUGUCAGCAAGUCCAUUUCUAUUCCUAGCAAAUUCCACCCCAUCAUCAAUGGUCCCAAGGGUACAACUUUGAAUGCUAUUCUCGGUGGUGAUGAAACUACAGUGACUGUUCGUUUUGGUGGUGACAAAGAAGAUGAUGUUAUUGUGCGUGGAUUGAAUAGUGAAGUGAAGCAUGCCAUCAAUGAAAUUCAAAAGGUUUAUGAAGCUGCCAAACAUGAAGAAUUUGUCAACUCUUAUACAACUGAAUUCACCAUUCCAGCUGCUUACUCUGCUCAUGUGAUCGGUAAAUCUGGAGUUAACAUCAAUAAAUUAAAGGAAGAUUUGGGUGUGAAGAUUGAUAUUGGAGAUAAUAACAAGGUGAAUGAUGGUGGAUUUGAAGCUGUCAAGAGCAAGAAGAAGGAUCAACAUGUCAAGGUGGUGAUUCAAGGUAUCAAGGUGAAUGUGGAAGCAGCCAAGGUACGUGUAUCAGCUUUGGUGGCUACAUUAGCUGAUCAAGUGACUUCGAAUUUGAAUGUACCCAAGGAAUUCCAUCGGUUUUUGAUUGGUCCCAAUGGUCGUUAUGUCAAGAAAUUGGAAGAUAAGUAUUCUGUGUUCAUCAAAUUCCCCAAAGGUCAACAUGUCAAUGGUGAUGAAAGCCCUAUUCCCGGUGGAAAUCCAGAUACCAUUACAAUCCGUGGACGCAAGAAGGAUGUUGCCGCUGCCAAGGAUGAAUUGACCGAACUCUAUGAAUAUGAAAAGGAAGAACUCGUCAAACGUAAGGAACGUGAAGCCAAGCAUCGUCAAGCUGAAGAAAAACGAAAGGCUGCUGCUGCUGCUACUACUACUACUACUACCGAAACUGAUGAAACUUCCUAGUUAGAUUAUACUAUUUGUCAUUUUAUUAUUAUAUUUUUUUUUUGUUAGUUUUACAUUUCUUCAUCUAUUGUCAUUUUGCACAUAGUUUGAUUUUUUUUUAUCCUCUUUAUUUUUGUAUCUAUUCCUGUUUUUUUAUAUUCUUUAUUUAUCUUUUUUUUUUUCUUUAUCCCUUUAUUAGUGUUGGAUAUGAUAUAUUUUUUUUGACAGAAAAAGUAGUGGUGGUCUAUCCGAAUAAAAAAAAAAGUUUAUGCAU